GGGAGAAGUUCAGUCUUUAGCAACAAAUGAAGCUUGUAAUGAAUCAAAUAAUCCUUUUCAAAGAGCUAAAGUUAGUCACAAAGCAGAUAUGAAAGGAAUCUUAAAAAAUACUUCAUGUAAAUUAGAGGCAUUAUAUGGAGAAAUAUCUGGAGGUUUUAGGGGCUUUUGGUUUAUCAAUAACAAGUAG